AUGAAGGCUGAGUAUCAGACUCGUUUAUUAGCCUCAAUAGAUUGUGCUAGAUAUCUCCUACAUCAAGGUUUGGCUUUUCGUGGUCAUGAUGAAUCUGAUAUCUCUGAAAAUCACGGAAAUUUUCUUGAACUUUUGCACUUCCUUGUGGGUCAUAAUGAUGAUAUAAAAAAGGUUGUUCUUGAAAAUGCCCCUAAAAAUCUCAAACUCAUUGCUCCAGAUAUUCAAAAGGAUAUUUCAAAUGCUUUGGCAAGUGAGACUACAAGCAUUAUUGUAAAUGAUAUUGGACAUGGCUUGUUUGCUAUUUUAUGUGAUGAAUCUCGUGUUGCAUCAACAAAGGAGCAAUUAGUAGUUGUUAUCCGUUACGUAGAUUCACAUGGAUAUGUGAUUGAGCGUUUUCUUGGUAUUCUACAUGUAAGAGAUACUACUUCUCUUUCACUUAAGAAAGCAAUUGAUGAUUUAUUUUCAAAGCAUGGUUUGAGCAUAUCACAAAUCCGUGGUCAAGGUUAUGAUGGUGCUAGUAACAUGCGAGGUGAAUAUAAUGGUUUAAAAACUUUGAUCAUGAAGGAAAAUGGUUCUGCAUAUAAUAUUCAUUGUUUUGCACAUCAGCUGCAAUUGUCACUUGUAGGGGUUGCAAAGAAACAUGUCCAAGUCUCUUCUAUGUAUAAUACAUUGUCUACCUUAGUGCAUGUUCUUGAAGGUUCAUCCAAAAGACAAGAAAUUCUUAGAGAACAACGCCUUAAGAAAGUCGUUGAUGAUCUAAUGACUGGAGAUCUUUUGGUUCUUACGUAUGAUUCUGUAAUAGAUGUUCUUUUGAUAAUUGAAAAUGAUGGCCUGGUGGAGCAAAGAGGUCAAGCAUAUGCACUUCUUAAUUCUUUGCAAUCUUUUGAAUUUGCAUUUAUUUUACACUUGAUGAAGAAAAUCAUGGGAAUAACGAAUGCACUAUCUGAAGAAUUACAAAGGAAGGAUCAAGAUAUUGUGAAUGCUAUGGGUCUGGUCAAAGUUUCCAAGCAACAAUUACAAGCUACUAGGGAAGAUGGAUGGGAUUUUUUACUUGAUGAAGUUUGUUUGUUUUGUGAAAAACAUGAGAUCAUCAUUCUGAAAAUGGAUGAAAUGUUCAUUACUAGUAGGAGAUCUCGAAGAAAAGUUCAGCAAAUUACAAACCUUCACCACUAUCGAGUUGAGCUAUUUUGUGCUGUCAUAGAUUUACAACUCCAAGGAUUCAACAAUCGUUUCAAUGAAAUCAAUAUGGAGUUGCUUCUGUGUAUGGCAUGCUUGAACCCAAGUGAUUCCUUUGCAGCAUUUGAUAAGAAAAAGUUGAUUCGUCUUGCAGAACAUUAUCCUUGUGAGUUUUCUAAGUUGGAUAUUCUUGCACUUGACACUGAAUUGGAUACUUAUAUUAAUGACUUGAAAUCAGCUAAGGAAUUUCUUGAUUUAAGAAAAAUCUCUGAUCUAGCUCAAAGGUUGGUGGAGACUAAGAGAGAUAUUGUGUAUCCAUUGCUAUUGCCGAUACAAAUUGAUGCGAAUGAGCAAGAGGCCCAUGGUGUUCAAGUAGACCUCGUGAAGGUCCCUCAAGACCCAGUGACACGAGCACGAGUUAAGAGAUUCAAGGAGUCACUUCAAGCCUUAGUUCAUGCCGUCCAAGCCCAAAAGAAACCACCCAUUGAAGGAAUCAACAUGGAAGAUCCUUGCAAGACUACCAAGAUAUUACUUACAAUUGCAGGUGCAAGUGAUCAAGCUUCAAAGGGAGGAUUGGGCCUCGAUUAA